GACUGUCCACAAGACCGCCGUUGCCGUUUGAGCUGGGGCAAAACGCGAAGAGACUAGCCACGAUCCAAUUUCUGGGUCAUAAAACGAGUACCCGCCAACCGGGGGCCCCUAUCAUUAUCCUUGCCCAGAACCCAAUACACAGGCCUUAGAGACCCAGUUACGUGUUGAGAAGCCCAUCGACAUCCUCCAAUUCUGUUCCAACUACUUCGCGCAACGACUCGCUGCUGAACGCAUACUCCAUACAUCAAGGCCAGUAUCCGUCUCCAAGCCUCGCAACAUGUCAGCCUUCUCUAGCCCCUUCGCGGCCAACUCGAACCCAUUUGGAGGUGAUGGGAAGAAGAACGAGAGUUCUGGCGCAGGUCUUCUCAAUGUAGUCGAGGAGGACGAAAACGACAAUAUUACUUCGCCGACUACCCCGUCGUUUGUUUUUUCAAAUCCGUCGGCAAGCCCCUUCCACGGGCCCUUUGGAGGAGGCGAUGGCCCGACAGAUGGACCGCCUUCGUCGCUACGAAGCCCACCAAACGCGGACCUAUAUCCGCCCCAGUACAAUUUUGGCCGACGUACCUCUGUCUCUGCCGAGUCCCUCAAGCCUACCGCCGAUGCCAACGACAACUGGUCACCCCCAUAUAUACCCAAGACACAAGACCAGGUGGACCGACUGAGGACGGCCAUUGAAGGAAACUUCUUGUUCAGUCACCUAGACGACGAACAGAGUUCCCAGAUUCUUGGCGCUCUGGCUGAGAAAUCCAUCCCCGCUAAGGAUAUCAAGGUUAUUACUCAAGGUGACUCAGGUGACUAUUUCUAUGUAGUAGAAAAGGGCACUUUUGAUGUUUAUAUCCAUGAAAAUGGCGCCCCGGGGCCUGAUGGGCUAGGCAAGCUGGUUUCCACAAUCAAAUCUGGUGGCUCAUUUGGAGAGUUGGCCCUGAUGUACAACGCACCUCGUGCCGCCACUGUCAUCUCCGCGGAGCCUGGCUGUACUCUAUGGGCUCUUGAUCGUGUGACGUUCCGCCGCAUCCUACUCGAGUCUACAUUUGCACGCAGAAGGAUGUACGAGAACUUCCUUGAAGAGGUGCCCCUCCUCCAUACAUUGACGCCAUAUGAACGCUCCAAGAUUGCCGACGCCCUCGAGACGAAGAAGUUCCCGCCUGGACACACCAUCAUCAAGCAAGGUGACGCCGGUACAGCGUUCUUCCUGCUGGAGGAUGGACAAUGUGACGCGUAUCUAGAGAAAGAUGGUCAGCCACAGCAGCUUGUGAAGCACUACAACAAGGGCGAUUUCUUCGGUGAGCUGGCAUUGCUUAAUGACGCGCCACGAGCUGCAAGCGUCGUGAGUGCUACCAAUGUCAAGGUAGCAACCCUCGGCAAGAGCGCAUUUGCAAGACUACUAGGACCUGUCGAAGGAAUCAUGAGGAGAACCGAGUACGUGAAGUCGGGCGUUGAGGAUGUCGACCCCCUACACUCCUGAAUUGGUCGGGAGGCAGAGGGACAGCGAGACAGGAGAUACAGGGGACAGUGAUAUCCUUAAACCGAGCAUGGAAUGAUGAGUACGGCGCCUACAUAUCAUCGACUUUGAGAUAAGUCUUGUUUUGGAGAGGAAGCUCAGCUUAUGAGCUUGGUCAAGAAUGGCGUUAAAUGGACAACCUUCGUUUUUAAAGCACAAACCCACGUUGUGUAGAUUCCCCCCUAUUUGAUAUUAUGGAAGUUGUGUUGAGAGAGUUGAUGGCUGAGAUGUCCAGAUGUGUCGUUUGUGUCCAACUCCUUUCCGAUCUAUGUAGUGCCUCGUUCAUCCUGAUCGCCAUGUUUCUUAGUGCUUAUCCAAGGAUAAAAUGAUAGGGAGCUCUAUACUGUUAGUUAAAUCCAGAAGUUUCUGCCCAGUCCCCGGCGUUAGAACAAUAAAAGCCCUAUUCGUUAUGGCUUAGAGAUAGAUUAGGAUUAUUCAUACACCCGUGGGCGACUC